CUAUCGUCUUUCUUCCAACUUACCUAACUUAUCAAACUAUCAACCAUGCCCGCAUCAGAAGCAGAGAUCAAAGAAGCUUUCGCUCUUUUUGAUAAAAAGGGAACUGGUCAUAUCUCUCGUGAAAAUCUUGGGGAUCUACUUCGAGCACUCGGACAGAACCCUACACAGGCAGAAGUGGCCGACUUAGCAGCUAGCGCACCACGUGAUAUUGAUUUUGGAACUUUUGAAGCCAUCUUAAACCGACCUGGAGGAUUUUCACCUGCUGGAACGGCUGAAGACUUCAUUCGAGGUUUUCGAGUGUUUGAUAAAGAAGGAAAUGGUUAUAUUGGUGUAGGAGAACUUAGAUAUGUAUUAACGAGUUUAGGAGAGAAAUUGAGUGAUGAAGAAGUUGAUGAACUGAUGAAAGGUGUUCAGGUCGGAAAUGAUGGAAACAUCGACUACGAGAAAUUCGUCCGGAGUAUAUUGCAACAAUAGUCAUUUCAUCAUCGUUUCUAAUGUGCUCACUUGAUAUUUCAAACUCUACCAUGUCUUGAGGCCAUGUGGUCUGAUCAAGUGAAUCAAAACGUAUCACUCUUUUCUUUCAACACCACCAGCCCAAAACAAAAACUCACUCUUCAUAGAUGAAUGCGAUCGAUCUAAAGACUUUCUAAAGGAUCAAUCAUAUCUAAGAAGCCUUUUACAUUGUUCUUUUUCUCUAUUGUUUCUAUGUACUUAUUUUCUAAAAUCUCUUCCCUUGAGAGAUUUUGUUUUCUUCUUCUUUUGUCUUGCUAUCGUUUAAUGAACUCAAGCUUGCCAAGAAAUCUGACAUUUUGCUC